UUGUUAGCGGCAGCAGCAUCCUCUUACACGACAACAAACACAGCUAGCGACUCUCCAAAGGCUUUUAUUUGGAAUUUGCAUGGAUGCUCCUUUAUGCUUACAACAGGGAAUAACUGAAGACUGGAGGCUCUAUGGAGGAUGAGCUGCUUAACAUUAAAGGAGCAGGACCGCCACCACGAGAAUCCAGUGAUUGUGUGAUACGCAUGGUGUGAAGAACAGUGUCUGUUUGUGUAUAUGCAUGCACACAGAGGACCGUAGGCCUGCGUGUCAGUACGAUGAGUGAACAGGCGCUGGUCCACAUGCCUCAGCGGACCGCCCUUCACCGGGCAGCCAUGGUGGGGAACAGAGACUCUGUUGCUGCUCUGAUCCAGGGGGGCUGUGCUUUGGACCUGCAAGACAAAGAUGGCAACACGGCGCUGCAUGAGGUGUCUUGGCACGGUUUCUCUCACUGCGUUAAACUGCUGGUCAAGGCAGGAGCUGACGUUCACAUCAGUAACAAGGCAGGAAACACAGCACUCCACCUGUCCUGUCAGAACGCACACGCUCAGACCACUCGCCUGCUGCUGCUCGGAGGAUCCACCCCAGACACCAAGAACAACGCGGGGGACAGCUGUCUGCAUGUGGCCGCUCGCUACAACAACCUGAUGCUUGCUAAGAUCCUGCUGAGCUCGCUGUGCUCAGUGACUCAGAGGAACCAGGCGGGGGACACAGCUCUGCACGUAGCUGCUGCUCUGAACCAUAAGAAGAUGGUCCAGCUCUUACUGGAGGCCGGGACUGAUGGGAAGUUAAGGAACAAUUCAGGUAAAACCGCCCUGGAUAAGGCCAGAGAUAACAACCACAAAGAUGUGGCCCAUCUGCUGGCCAGAGCUCCUCAGGUUCAUCGCUUCAUGCGGGGAAGAACAAUAAGGAAACGCAGAGAGAGACUGACCGCUGAACGCAGGAGCCAAUCAUUCACCAGGGAAGAAACUCUACCAAACAAAGACAGCAGUUCUCUGGAGGAGGACACCCCCAGCAGUGAGCAGACUGCCUUCAGGGGGGGGUCUUACCAGCAGCAGAAGCUACAGAAGUAUUACGACAAGACCUUCAUCCCCACCGGCAGCCCCUACAGCCAGCAGAAGAGGAGAGGAAAGGAGCAGGCUUUAAAAGAAAAUGAUGUAAGGAAAAGUGAGAAUGACACCAAGAAGAAUCCUCUCUGGGACGAUGCUGAGGAUUUCGUUCAGAACGGAAAACUCUAUCAGCUUUACACACUGUACCGGGACAAGGAUGGCAACAUCAAACAGGCACAGGCCAGUGGGUGCCACUGUAAGCCCCUGAUGAAGAAGCUGGAGGGCCAGCUGACAAAAACUCAGGAGGAGAUGAGGCUGCACAUCCUCAACGUCCAGGAGCAGGUCAACCGAAGACUCAGCAAAAUGGACCACAGGAACCGACACCAGAUAAAGGUGCUGGACCUCCUGAAUGAGCAGAGGGCCGCAGCAGAGAGGAGGAGGAUGGUGUACAGGAUGGAGCAGAGAGCUGCCCAGGGCCAAGAGGAAGCCCUCAUGACACAGGCAGCCGUGAGUCACGAGCUGAAGAGGUGGUGUGUGUCCCAGCUGAAGGACAUGGAUGUCCACAUCCCAGCCAGAGGCCAGUGCUACCACCUCCUCCCCUCACAGUCUGUGGAGCAGUGUGCAGGAGACGCUGACCUGGAGUCCGUCCCCCUGCUGUCUGUGCUUUCCGGAGACAGCAGCACGUCCGUGGCUACGUACGUCAACAUCCUGCCGUCCAGAUCCUCCUUCAGUGUGGGGGGCCCCGAGCCCGACAUGGUGGGGAGCAAGACGUACUUUGAGAUGAAAGUGGACAGGUCACCAGAUGACUAUGAGAACACCACCCUGUUUCCUCUGCCUGCCAGUAGUAGCUCCGGGCUCCUGCUGGCCUCUGGCGACCCACUGUGGAAGCUGCCGGGGGGGCAGGACAGUCCCAUAGCAGCAGCGAUGCCCAUUUGUGUGGAGGGCUUCUCAAGCACCACCAGCCAGUCCAGCCUCAGCACCCAGGGCCCGACCCUGACCCAGUACCCGGAGCAGCUCUACAACACUCACUUCGCGGAGUGUGUGCAGAGGAGGGCAGGGGUCCCCACUGAGAGCACCACCACCACCCUGGAGUUCUUCUUCGACCGGCCCACUGAGCCCACCUUCACUCAGGAGAGGAACAGCCAGCAUGCCAUGGAGGUGACUCAGGGGUUCUUUGAGACGGUGUCUGUUCAGUUGGAGCGCUGGUACGAGCGGAAGGUGGCGCAGGUGGAGCAGCAGACGGAGCUCACAGCUCGGCAGGACAAGAAGGAGCUGCUGCAGAGAAUAAACGCCCUGGAGGAGGAGCUUGAGAGGCUGAAGACCAAUGAGAACGCAGACAGCUCAUGCGCACUGGCACCAACCAAUGGAUAAUUGGAGGAACUUCUGUACCUGGGUUGAACAUUGAAGAACCCAGCUAUAGCUUCAACAGGCAGCAAAAGUAGAACAUUGAAAACAAAUACUGUAUAAGUUUAAUGUAAAUAGGAAGUAAUUAAAUGAUUUUAUACUUAACUAAUUGAUAAAAGUACCAUUUCCAUGUCACAAAGGAUUAAUAGUUCCAUGAUUCCCAACGGGCACAUCUUCUCACACUGUUUAUCAUUUCACAAGGAGGCUAUUGACCCACUGUCCAAUUGCUAUCCGUGACCCCCCACUAGAGGACCUCCGCAGCUUGCCCGUUGAUCAUGGAGUCGGUUCCUCCGGCCUGCUGGGCCUACACGAUGGGGUCUGAUGCCUCUUCCCCUUCUAUAACAUUACAUUACAUGUCAUUAACGUGAUGCUUUUAUCCAAAGUGAUUAUCAACUGUUAUUUCUUUGUCAGAGACACAUUAACUUAUGAAUAUCUAUAGUAUAUGUUUGAAUACUAUAAUGUUUUACAAAGGAAAUCCAAAUGUCCAUUGUAUUUAAUGAUGUCAUUACUACUUAAUGUUUUGUUGCAGUCCUGCUAAACAAAUGUGAAUUAUUGUGGAAUAAUAUGCAGUGAAUGUUCUAUUAUUGACUCUUUUCCUGGAUUUGUUUCGCAUUUUUAAGGAUUUUUAUCAGUCUAGGUAUAUUUUUCUUUGAAAUAAGCAACCCCUUGGACAUGAGUGGUAAACAACUCCAACAUGUAAGUCCUGGACUCUAAAUAUGACUUAACUAGCACUUAUUACUACAGCUAAAGAAGUUAAUCUGUGAAAUGUUCUUCAAUCAUUAAUAUUAUGUGGAUACCCUGCUAUGUGUCUCCCCUCUU